UCCUCACAUUGUUCCUUGUAUUGUGUAUUUUCAGGUAUCUUAUUCUCUACUCUGGUGUUUGGGCCAGCCUGUGGGUUCAUCCUAGGGUCGCUGUGUACCAAAAUCUAUGUGGAUGCUAUCUUCAUUGACACCAGUAAGUUGGACAUCACUCCAGAGGAUCCACGCUGGAUUGGCGCUUGGUGGGGCGGGUUCCUGCUGUGUGGCGUCUUGCUGUUCUUCUCCGCACUCUUCAUGUUCGGCUUCCCGCAGUCGCUGUCUGAGGGCGGGGCCAAGGGUGGGGCCAAGAACCAGCAGCCCAUGCUCCCCACCAACAGCGGCCUGCCACAGGACUAUGAGGGUUCCAAACCCAGCAAUGGGGUUCUGUGCCACACCGAUCCUGGGCCAAGUCUGUCCUGCUGCCAGCAGCUCAGAGUGAUUCCCGAGGUGACCAAGCACUUGCUCUCGAAUCCCGUCUUCACCUGCAUAAUCCUGGCAGCCUGUAUGGAGAUUGCCGUUGUGGCCGGCUUCGCCGCGUUCCUAGGGAAGUACCUGGAGCAGCAGUUCAAUCUCACCACUUCCUCAGCCAAUCAGCUCCUGGGAAUGACGGCAAUCCCGUGCGCGUGUCUGGGCAUUUUCCUGGGGGGUCUUCUGGUGAAAAAGCUCAACUUAUCAGCCCUGGGGGCUGUGCGCAUGGCCAUGCUGGUUAACCUGGUGUCCACCGCCUGCUACGUCACCUUCCUCUUCCUGGGCUGUGACACCGGACCUGUUGCAGGGGUGACUGUUACCUACGGUGAUGAGACCCUGCGGGUAGGGCAGAAGCCAGAGGUGGUUUGCAUGAGGAACUGCAACUGCUACACAGCCUCAGUAAGGCCCGUUUGCGGCUCCAACGAUGUGACCUACCUGUCUGCCUGCUUCGCUGGUUGCACUAGAGCUAAUCUGACAGGGUGCACAUGCAUCUCCAGUGACAUCAGUAACGCUGCGGCUGUGCCAGGGAAGUGCCCCAGCCCGGGCUGCCAGGAGGCCUUCCUCAUCUUCCUCUGCAUCAUCUGUGUCUGCAGCAUGAUAGGAGCCAUGGCACAGACACCCUCUGUCAUUAUACUCAUCAGGACGGUCAGCCCGGAGCUGAAGUCUUAUGCCCUGGGAGUCCUAUUCCUGCUGUUGCGACUGUUAGGUUUCAUACCGCCCCCACUGAUCUUUGGUGCAGGGAUCGACUCAACAUGCUUAUUCUGGAGCACAGUUUGUGGAGACAGGGGGGCCUGUAUGCUGUAUGACAAUGUGGCCUACCGCCACCUGUAUGUCAGCAUCGCUAUUGUCCUGAAGGCCGUGGCCUUCCUGCUCUAUGCCACCACUUGGCAGUGCUUGCGCAAGAACUACAAGAAAUAUAUAAAAAACAACGAGGGAUAUAUGACCCCCACCGAACUCUUUUCCUCCAACCUCACUUUAGACAACGUGGGGAAGGACCUGGACCAGAACCCUGCUCACAGGACAAAGUUUAUAUACAACCUGGAGGAUCAUGAGUGGUGCGAGAACAUGGAGUCUGUUCUAUAGUGAUUCAGCGCAGCAGAAGCAGCCCCCUCUGGCUCGACAUUCAUUUUAUUCUCUUGAAGAAUAUUUCUUUUGUUUUUCUUAAAAUUUUUUAUUAUUUCUAAAGUAAAGAAAAGUAAAGUAAAGAAACCUUUUUUACUUUAAAUAAAAGAUUGUCCAUCAGAAAAUUUCUAUUCAGACAAGAAUUCCCCUGCUGCCCCCCUACCCAAAAGACUUGCUGCUCUUUUCUCCAAACACAAGAUGACCUGUAUGCUGUAGGGGUGGGUUAUUUUUAGCUGUGCUUUCAGCCUAUUGUGGGGCUGUUUCUGUCAUUUGCUCCCUGCCCAUCACGCCCUGUUGCAGCUCACGCCAGAUAUGGAUCCAAAACAACUGGCCUUUAGUGUUUUUUCUUUCAGGUCAGGAUUUUGUUUUUAUUCAUCCUUCACCCAUGCUAUUUUCUGUUUUCAUUUUGCUGUUUAAAUACUCCAUGCAAUAACAUUUUUCUUACAUUUAAAGUGUUCAUAAAGCCAGAAGAUAAAGAUUUAUUCUUAGUUUUUCACAGAUUUUAUUUACCCAAAUGUUUCCUCAUUUAGAAGGAGGAGGAUAGUGGCUGGAUGUCUGACACAAAUCACUUCUGAUCGGCAGCCCACUACACAGAUGUACCGCUGACUGGUUUAAAUGUAAAAUGCCAUGUUGCUGUUGCUGUGGUCAUUGUAAGUACUUUGUUGCUUUCAGGACAAAAAAACAAAAACUGAACUAAGUUCAACUAAGGGAAAUCAGCUUAAUAUCAUAGUAUUUAUUAUCUUUGGUUCUUUGUGUAUCAAAUAACUAUUAAAUAAGAUCAUUUUGAUUGCACAGCAACUUAAUUGGACUUCUGAGCUGGCCCCAUAGUAGAGCUGGCAGGACAAUGAUGUUUAUUGUGUGGGGUCUUUAAAUCUGCAUGGACUACUGGUUUCACUAUAGGAGCAUGAGUGUUUUAGGUUAAGGGAGGUGGGCUAUGAGGUGUCGGUGUCUAGUUUUAAUGGCCAAACACCCAAUGCUCACAAUAUAUCAGCAUAUGUUGCACAAGAUUCAGUGAAAUCAGUUCUGUCUACUGUUUUAUACUGUAAGCAUCAGUCAUUUUGUGUGUGUGUAUUUUUUUAAAAUCAUUUUAAGUGUAAUACUUGAGAACCUGUUUCUGUCAUUGCAACUUUCUUCGUAUUUUCUGUAACUAGAAAAGUAGUUACAUGUUUUGUUGGAACGUAGUUUUAUUGAGGGUUAUUUAGAAAGGCCAUUUUAUUCUUCUAAUUUAAGGGUGCUUAAAAUGAAUAUUAAUUUUGUCAUAAAUGUCACGACACGGGUAGGGACUCAACCGCAGACCACGGCAGAAUUCUCAGUUCAAAUCAGUUUAUUAAAGAUCAGUCCAAGACAGCAGGCAAAGUGAAUAAUCCGGGUACAGGCAGAGGUCAUAACCAAAAACAGUCAGAGGCAGGCAGAUAAUCCAGACAGCAGGCAGAGACAAGAUCCAGGGACAGGCAGAGAUCAAGCACGGGUACAGACAAAGCAGGCCGGCAAACAAUCAAAAAUCAGCAAGGCAAAAACAAGGUCAGAAUAAUCAGGCAGAGGUCAUACACACAAAAACUAUCAUAGAAAACAGGCUGGAACUACACACAGGAGCAAUCUGGGACGAACUGACAAACUAAGGUAAGACAGGCAGUCUUAAAUAGGCAGAGGACAAUGAGGGAACAAGGAACAGGUGAGUGGGAUAAGGGGUAACAGGUGAGGGGCAGAGUCCAGAGCACAUAGUGAUGAAAACAAAAGCCAACCCACAUGUGACAACAAACACUGACAGGUAGGGGGAGAACAAAAACACAAAGUCCAUGAUGGAGUACUGACAAUAAAAUGUUUAAUAGAUUUUUAUAACUCUUAAUUGAUUGACUAUUCACACAAAUAUAAUAUUUAUAUUAUACUAUUUUUCUUCCACACUGGCACCACAGAGAAAAUAUAUGUGUCAAUGUAAGACCUAUUUUAAGAAAAUCCACUGGUCGGAAUAUAUUAUUUGUCAGUGUGGAGUGAUUCUUCAAGCAGUAUAAAGCAGAGAGAAUUUUAUAUUUUUUUAGUCACCACCUCACCUUAUAUCAAGGGUCUAUUCUUGAUUGCUAAUAUAUGAUAAUAGUAUUAAUAUUUAAAUAUAUAUAUUUUACCAUAGUAAGUUCUUAUGAAAAAUGACUCCAGGGCAACCAGUGCCAUCUAAGAGUAAAAAAACGUAUAAAAAAAAUAAGUGACAGUUCUCUGAAAGCAUAGCCUAUAAGACAGAGGGAAAUCCCUUAAAGACAUGCAUAAACAGCAUGCCAGUAGGAACGUAAGGAUGUUUCCACUUAAAGAUGUUUCUUUCAUGCACUGGCCUAGGGUCAAACGUUCUCAAUUGCCCUGCAAUUAUCCAUUAUUGAUCUGAAUCUAACUCAUGCUGCAUUCGUAUUACAUUACAGGCAUUUAGCAGAUGUUCUUAUCCAGAGCGACUUACAUUGUAUCCAGAUAUACAGCUGUAUAUAUAUUGGAGCAAUGCAGGUUAAAUACCUUGAUCAACAGUGGUGUCCUACCGGGGAAUCGAACCUGUGACCUUUAGGUUACAAGACCAACUCCUUAGCCAUUAUAAUACACUGCCGGUCAUUUUAUCAUAUUGUAUAGAAAGGACCCUUUUCUCACAUGUCUUUUUGUGUUCAUACUGCUAAUAUUUUUUCUUUUUUCCUCUAGAUAAUCAGCUAUGAAUGUUGAUUACUUUUUUUUCUUGGAUUAUUUUUCAUGAAGCAGUUUUUCCUUUGUGUCAAACAUUUGUGGAGUUACAUCAGGAACCAAAAAUUAUCACUAUCCAAACAGGGUCAGCCAUUUAAUUAAAUCAAAAAAUAAAACAAAAAUAAAUGAAAUGAUAAUUAUCUAACUGAAUUCAGACAGUUGGGUUUUAUAGACUAUGGGACCUAAAGUAUCUGGACACCCGUUGGUCUGGGGCUGUAUUUAACUGUUUGGGCUAAGCCCCUUAGUUCCAGUGAAGGAAGAUCCCUGACCUCAACCCCAUCCAACACCUUUGGGAUCAGUUGGAAAGCUAACUGCGAUCCAGGCCUAAUCGCCCAAUCAGUGCCUGACCACACUAAUGCUCCUUUGGUAUUAGCACUGGCACUUCCUCUCUGAAGAGUGGAGGUUUUUAUAGCAGCAAAGGAUGGACCAACUCCAUAUUAAUGCCCAUCAUUUUGGAUAAGAUGUUGGAUAUCAGGUGUCCACAUACUUUUGGCCAUGUAGUGUAGGUUGCAAUGUAGCUACAUACAGUAUAUAAAUCCUUGGUACUUUGGAGGGGUGGAGAAUUGUUGAAAUUGUGCAAAUUGUAAUCUCACAAGAAAUAUGCCAAUGAUCAGGACAACUGUUCUUGCUUUCCAUUUCUGUCUUGCAUUUUAUGUGUGUAUGUUUGGGAAGGUGGUCAAUGCCAGCGCUCAACAAGUAUAUCUCUGUUCUUAAUGUAGCAGACCUCUAAUACCCUUCUUUUUUAUAGUAAAUAUCUGCUUUCAUGGAGCCUGAUAGACCAGCUUAAUGCUUGCAAUAGCAAAGCUUGACCGUGCUUGAUUGUUUGUGAUGACUUCACCAUAUGUUGUGUCAUAGCUAUCUGUAUCUGGAUUGUGCAUUUUUUUAUCUUUGGGGUUUCCACACAGCAAAACGUUCAGUGCAAAAAGUGCACUGCCAAACUCUGCCAAAGUACUUUUGUCUAACAUGGCACAUGUUGUUCACAGUAGACUAAUAAACUGUGUUCACAUUGCUGAAGAUUUUGUUGUGCAGGGUGAUAAUACUGGGGUUUUCUGUUGUUGUUUUUCCAUACUGUUAAAUUGGUCUGAGGCUCAAGCAAUAACACAUUAAAGAAAUUUUAUGUUUUGGAUUCUAAAUUCUUUUUGAUGUGUGUUGAGCAUAAAUAUGUAUACUUUGCACACCAUACAUUUUGUAUCAAAAAAAAUUUUUUUUCAUCUUUUUUCAUCUUCAUGCAUUUCUUGGUGUAUCUGUGGCAAAGGGUAAAAGAAAUGGCAAUUCUGUUCAGCCAUUAAAGGGUUUAUGCAAACGAAUGGGCUGUCCCAUUUCUCCAUACUUGGCUAAGUUCAUUUGGGUACUUACGCUUAGGUACUUGGGUAAAUUUACAUAUAGUGUGCAAGUAUGUAUUAAGUGCCCAAGUGCUUCCCCAAGGGGAUUAAAACAAUUUGGAUACACUUUUAAAUCCAUGGUUCCUAUUUUAAAUAAUUUAUUGUAAUCUCACGCAUUAAUAGCAAGUAAUGUGAGCUUGCUAACUACAGACCAAUUAACCAAGCUUGCUAAUAUUAUAUUCAUGUUAACAAUAUCAUCAUGAUGCUACCAUAUGAACAAGUUACAACAUUUGCAUCUUUGCUGUUGCUUCGGUGGCAUUUUCCUCCAAUAAACAGAAAUCUCAUAAAAAACACGAUUUCAACGUACAAAAAUGUCAAGUUACUCAAAAGUAUUGA